AUGGGCCUGGCCAGGGCCCUGCGCCGCCUGAGCGGCGCCCUGGAGCCAGGGGACAGCCGGGCGGGCGGCGAGGAGGAGGCGGGGCCGGGGCUGUGCCGCAACGGGUGGGCGCCUGCACAGGGCCCGGGCACGCGGCGGUGCGGGCGCCUCGUGAAGAAGGACGGGCACUGCAACGUGCGCUUCGUGAAUCUGGGCGGUCAGGGCGCGCGCUACCUCAGCGACCUGUUCACCACGUGCGUGGACGUGCGCUGGCGCUGGAUGUGCCUGCUCUUUUCCUGCUCCUUCCUCGCCUCCUGGCUGCUCUUCGGCCUGGCCUUCUGGCUCAUCGCCUCGCUGCACGGCGACCUGGCCGCGCCACCGCCGCCCGCGCCCUGCUUUUCGCACGUGGCCAGCUUCCUGGCCGCCUUCCUCUUCGCGCUCGAGACGCAGACGUCCAUCGGCUAUGGCGUGCGCAGCGUCACCGAGGAGUGUCCAGCCGCCGUGGCCGCCGUCGUGCUGCAGUGCAUCGCGGGCUGCGUGCUCGACGCCUUCGUCGUGGGUGCUGUCAUGGCCAAGAUGGCCAAGCCCAAGAAGCGCAACGAGACCCUGGUCUUCAGCGAGAACGCCGUGGUGGCGCUGCGCGACCGCCGCCUCUGCCUCAUGUGGCGCGUGGGCAACCUGCGGCGCAGCCACCUGGUGGAGGCCCACGUGCGGGCCCAGCUGCUGCAGCCCCGUGUGACCCCAGAGGGUGAGUACAUCCCGCUGGACCACCAGGAUGUGGAUGUGGGCUUCGAUGGAGGCACCGAUCGAAUCUUCCUUGUGUCUCCCAUCACCAUCGUGCAUAAGAUCGACUCUGCCAGUCCUCUGUAUGAGCUGGGACGUGCUGAGUUGGCCAGGGCCGACUUUGAGCUUGUGGUCAUUCUUGAAGGCAUGGUUGAGGCCACGGCCAUGACCACACAGUGUCGCUCAUCUUACCUCCCUGGAGAGCUGCUCUGGGGCCACCGUUUUGAGCCAGUCCUCUUCCAGCAUGGCUCCCAGUAUGAGGUGGACUAUCGCCACUUCCAUCGCACUUACGAGGUCCCAGGGACACCUGUGUGCAGUGCCAAGGAGCUGGAUGAACGGGCAGAGCAGGCUGCCCACAGCCCCAAGUCCAGCUUCCCUGGCUCCCUGGCUGCAUUUUGUUACGAGAAUGAGCUUGCUCUGACCUGCUGCCAGGAGGAAGAUGAGGAAGAGGAGACCAAAGAGGGGACUGGGGCAGAGACAGAAGAUGGAGCUGCCAGCCCCCAAGUCCUCACACCAACCCUGGCUCUGAGCCUGCUCCCGUGAUGCAAACUGAUGUCCCCCUUCCCCACUGGGGCCCCUUUCUCAGAAGUAGCAGGAUGGAGAGAUCAUCCCUCUGCUGGGAUGGGGCAGGCAUUUCCCAAGACCUAACAGGCAUACUGGGUCAAUCUUCAGGCCUGGUGGACCCACCCUAAACAUCCUGGACCUCAAGUUCUCUGCUUCUGUGCUUCCUCCUGACACCGCUUUGCAAGCCUAAUUCCUGACUCUUCGCAGAGCUGAGGGAUCUAGAAUUCUGUACCACCACAGAGGCAAGAGCUGGUUGUUCUAGAUUUCUCUACAUGGCUGGGCCUGAUGGUUGAUCAGGGUCAGAGAUCAGUGAUAGCAGAGGAAGUCAGCAGUUCCUGGACAGCAACAGAGAUCAAGUCUGCAGGUCUAGGUUAGCCUAAGAUCCAAGGGGCUCUUGCUGGUUGCCUCAGCCAGCUGAGAGGCAAAUCAUUCAUUCAAGACCACUUCAGGAGAGGCUGCGGAACACUCCAAGUAUUCAAGACCAUCUUGAUUAGCCAAAAGCAAACAAUUGUGACUGCAUGUCAAGAAAAGACCUCAUUGUUCCAGAAAGCCCAAGAGUUCAGAUUUUGUGAGUCUAGGUGGACCACAUAGGCAAACACUGGUGAUUCUAGAACAGGCUGACCUAGGGAGCUGAACUACUCCAGAAACUACAGAGUUAUGUUUCUAGAAUGCACAAAACAGCAAGACCUGGGUUUAGAAGGACAAAACUGACAGAUUGAGAGUUCUUGAAAUGAAAGAACUUCUGACUGUUGGCUGUAGAACAUCCAACCGAGGGGAUAAGCACAGCUUCUGAACCAUCCACAGCAUGGUUUCUGUUUCUAUUUGAAAUGCCAUUCUAGAAUGUGCAAAGGAAUCAGGAUUCUGGGCUCUAGAUUGAUCAGUGUCAAGGAAGGCAUGGUGAUUCUAGAUGACCUCAACCUGCUGGCUCCAGUUUGCCUAGUGAAGUUGAGAAUCUUGAUGAUCCUAAAUGACUUGUGGUUCUGUAAUGCCAAAGGGAAUCAAGGCUCCAGGGAUGCAGAGUUGUCCAUUCCCAAAGCCUAGAAGUUCUGAUCACCUCUGGAUGGACUGCUCAGCAAUUCUAAGAAGAGGACACAGGACUUGAUGUGUAGCAUUUCUGGGCUGACCUAGCAAGUGGUGGCUCAGGUGAGACCUUGUAGGUCACAGGGCUAAUUAGUGUGUAAGUGAAGGGGAAGGCCCAAGGCCGGUGUGAGUCUAGAAUGUUCUGGAAUACUACACCUAGUGACGUGUUUCUGUUUCUUAAAAAAAUUAUACAUAUGUUGGGCCGGGGAUUUAGCUCAGUGGUUUCA